AUGGAAUCAUUAUCGCACUUAGUUAAAUCGACAUUGCCAAAUUACUUGUCAAAUCUUCCAGUUCCCGAUACCCUUGGAGGAUGGGUCAAAUUGUCAUUCAAGGAUUGGCUGGCUCUCAUCCCUCCAACUGUUGUGGUCGUUGGAAUUGGUUAUACCGUUUAUUUGGCAUUUUGUCCCGCAGCUCAGGAUCGUUGCAGUGCCAAGAAGAAUAGGGGACGCUGCAAUAAUUUAAUACGCAAACACGACGUUAAAGUUGUGGUCAUGAUCGAUGUGGAGGACAUUGCCGAGAAGGUAACCUUCUGUCGCUGCUGGAAGACCAAGAACUGGCCAUACUGCGAUGGCAGCCAUGGGGAGCACAACAAGCAUACCGGCGAUAAUGAGGGUCCCGUUGUAAACAAAGUAAACAAAGCUGCACCCUAUCCCGCGAGACUUGGUUUUGAUAGCAUUUUCCCCUGUUGA